GUUUGUUUCCUGGUAGACGUGUUUUACUGACGGACCCAAUCUGUGGAUACAGAGAAUAGGAACUCUAUAGAUCAGAUUGAAUCAUGUCUGACUCCGGUCACAGCCAGCCCAAUAUGUAUGUCCCUGGACGCAACAGGAGACGACGCUGGAUGGAUCAGGGACCCCCAGGUAACCUCAAUCUCUCUGAGCCUGGACGUGAGAGAGAACCCAUACUACGGGACCGUGAUCAGGACCGAUGGGAUGGAAAUGAAGAUGGCUGUGGGUACACAAUACAGAAAACUCCCAUCAUCCUGUCUAAGCCAGCAAAUGAGCGUGCAAAGUCUGCUCCUGCUCCAGCUCCUGCCACUAUAGAAAAGCCUAUUGUCCUAAUGAAGGCUCGGGAGGAUUCUAAACCGGCCUCCACUGCAGAGGGCACAGCCCUGCCACCCACUGCUGCCAUGGCAAAGGUGGAAAAAGAAGGGCAGCGCCCAACCCAGCCAGUUUAUCAAAUCCAAAAUAGAGGCAUGGGCUCUGCAGCAAGUAGUGCUGGCAACGUGGACCCUGUGGUGGGCCAGGCAAAGUUGAUGCCACCCCAGAAGAUGAAGCACUGCAUCAAACUGGUAGAUGAAUACAUGAAUUGGUGUGACAGUGCCAUUGAGUAUCUGUUGGAUCAGACGGAUGUUCUUGUGGUUGGUGUCCUUGGAUUACAAGGCACAGGGAAAUCUACCAUCAUGUCUUUGCUAUCUGCCAACUCUCCAGAAGAUGACCAGAGGUCAUUUGUUUUUCGGAUGCAGAGCCAGGAAGUGCGAGAGAGAGCUGGAAACCAGACUAGUGGCAUCGACUUUUUCAUCAGCCAGGAGCGAAUUAUAUUUCUGGACACACAGCCUAUUCUCAGUCCUGCAAUAUUGGAUCAUUUGAUAAAUAAUGACCGGAAGCUCCCUCCAGAGUACAACCUACCUCAUACAUACGUGGAGAUGCAGUCGCUGCAGAUUGCUGCGUUCCUAUUUACGGUUUGCCAUGUUGUCAUCUUUGUCCAGGACUGGUUUACCGACUUCAACUUAUACCGUUUUCUCCAGACAGCUGAAAUGCUUAAACCAUCUACUCCAUCUCCCAGCCAUGAAUCCAGCAGCUCUUCUGGGUCUGAUGAAGCCAUGGAGUACUAUCCUCAUAUGGUUUUCCUGCAAAAUAAAGCAAAGCGAGAAGAUUUCUGUCCCCUUAACUUGAAGCAAAUGCACACUGUGAUCGACAAACUUAUGAUGCAUUCACGUCUUCGAUAUAAAGGUACUCUCUCCAUGCUUGACUGUAACAUCUUCCCUGGCCUGCCGUAUGACUUCCUAGAAUCGGAGGUGAAUUUAUUCCUCAUCCCAACCAUGGACACGGAUACUGAUGAGACCAUGUCCAGGGCAGGCUCAGGAGGGACUCCACUCUUCUCCCUGCUUCCUGGUUACAAAGGACAUCCCAGCUUCCAUGCCAUGAUCAGCCGACUGCGGAGCCAAAUCACAUCAAUGUCACGACCCCAGCUCUCUCAUACUAUCCUGACGGAAAAAAACUGGUUCCACUAUGCAGCUCGGAUCUGGGAUGGAGUUAAAAAGUCAUCCGCACUGUCAGAAUACAGCAGAUUAUUGGGCUAAAGCCAGCCAGACAACGACACCUACCAACAUCCAGUGCUGAUGGGUACAUCCCGGCCCUUUGAAGACUUAAGGAAACAGGUCACAUUCAAGAGGAUCCAGGGAUCCAGAUACUGAAACAUUCUUCUUCUCUCAAGAUCCCAGACAAAUAAUUUUUGGGUCGCAGUGUUCAACUCUGAGGAUGAGUUUGAUUUUUCCGUGACUGAGUAUAUUGGGGGCUCUGCAAACCUCUAACUGUAACAAUUAUGUCACAACCCCCUCUACGAAUCCUGUAAAGCAGAGCUGUCAGAAGCUCAGUAGGCUUGCGACAGUAAAGUAAUUGGCUACCAAUGAGGAACCUUGAACUGGUCCACACUCUUUGUCCCUGGUGAAAACAGAGGAAAUCGAAGUUUCCAAGCCAGUAAAUGAAUUACCCUUUUAAUGAUUCACUGUCAGAGGUUUGAGUCCUAUGUCUGAUGUCAACUGAUUAUGUCGAUAAAGAGAUGACUGCUAAUUAUGAAAAAGUAUAUGAAAGGAAUAUAGUGAUUUAUAUAUUUGUGAAUGGAUGAGAUUUGGGGGAAUCCUUUUACAUUUUCGGCCACAAUUAAUUAAUUAAGGAGUGUCUCAUCCCCCACUGUUUUGUUUGCGGACUGUUUGUGUAAGUGCUGAUAAAAAGAGUAAAAAUUGAAUUUAUGUUCACCAAUAAAUUUUACUCUAUGGUGA